AUGCCCACCGAUAACCAGGACUAUAUGAUUGAAAUCGCUUCGAGCGAUAUGCCUGAGUCAUCGGUUCCCAGAAUCCUCACUAUCGAAGAGCUUCUUCUGGAGUUGUCUGCAGAAGAGCAGGAUAGGAUCCGCCUCUUUAUCCGAAGGGCCGACGGUACAACUGAUGAGGCGAUCGGCCGGAUAGUAGAUGGCAUUCAUGGAAGGUUCAAGCUUUUGAAUGAUAGAAAGAAGUCUGUUGGGUAUCAAGGUAUUGUGUACAGGAUUCCCAAAUGGAUAAGCUUCUUUGGACCAUUCGGAGAGGCUGCCACAGCUGCUUUUCCACUCUAUGCUGGCUUUCCAUGGGCUCUGAUUAGAAUAGUCACGGAGGUUAUUAUGAUGAAUAGAAAUAUGGUGGAGACUCUACGGGAUACAUUUUAUCGAUGCAGGGAGAGUUUAGCACAUCUCCCAGACAUGCGACCAUCUCAAAUCCAUUACAAUAAUGGGAGCGUUUCAAAAUUGAAUAGCCUUCAUAGAGGCAUCUUGCGAUUUCUUUCCCAGGUCAUAUUACUAUGCGGCGCAGACACAACCAAACGAUAUUACUAUGCCAAUUUUCCUCCUGCUAUGCUCAGGGAUUUGUGGGAAGAAACCGAAACGUUACUCAAUCAAAUUAUAGCUCAGAGCCAUAAGGACUGCGAAAAGGACCAACACAGUCGCAAAGAGGCCAGGAAAAUGAUCAAAUUCAUUUCAAACUACAAUCAUGAGGACGAAUUUCAGCGUCUGAAGGACACAAUAUUAGUGUCAACCGGAGGAUGGGUCUUCCAGCACUGCCAGUUCCAUCAGUGGGCAUUUUCAAAGGACAGUCCGAUUCUCUGGAUUCAUGGAAGAGUUGAUGGAAUUUCGAGUUCAAAACCGGAUAGCACGAUUUUAUACCUCUUCUUGGGAAGUACCCAUGCUGUCUGGGAAUUGGAAUGGGUCAUUCGAAGCCUCAUCAAGCAACUUGCUAUACUUGAUGAGACGUCUGUUCCCAGUGAGUUGAUGGAGACGCUCCAACGCAACCAAGCAAAUGGGAACCACUCAGCAAGAAUCGGUACCACUGACUGCGCGAAGUACUUGACAAAGAUGAUGCUGCUACAACAAAGUCCAUUCCUAUUCAUCGAUGGAUUGGAUGAAUUGAGGUUGUGCUUACAGAAUGAGAUUCUAGAGUUGUUGCAACGUUUGGUGCAUGACUGCAAGCAACUCAAAGUGAUGAUAUCGAGCAACAAGACCCAGCAGAUCAAGGCCGACCUGAAAGAUUACCCAUACAUCGAUUUAGAUGCUGUUGAUAGGAGUGAUGAUGAAAGGGCUGUAAUCCAGGCCAUUUUUGCACAACGAAGCAGGCUUUUGACACAUCCAAUAUCAAAGGAGGACGAGAAUCUCUUUAUUAAUAAGAUAACAGACAAGGGCUAUGGACAGUAA